AUGAGUUCAGAAGAGAGCCCGGUACACGAGUUUUUCUCCGAGUUCAAGUUUCUGUUUCAAAAGGAGCGGCUGAAGACCUACAACAGAUUCAUUUUUGACAAAAAACCAGGAGCACGCUGUACCUCCGCCAAGGUUUUCAAGACAGCUGAAUUAUUUUUUUAUGAUUUUCCAGCUCGCCGAAGCCGGUUUCCGCUUCACGGGUAGUAAAAAAGAACCCUCCCUUGCACAAUGCUGCUUUUGCGAGAAAGAGAUGCAUUUUGAAAUAGAAGAUGAUCCUUGGUGAGUGGAUGUUCGAACUUUCGUUUCGAAACAGUUUUUCAAUUUUAAAUAGGAAAAAAAUAGAAAGAUUAUUGGUUUCAGGCAAGAACACAUUGAUCACACGAAAAAUUGCCCCUUUGUCAAAUUGAACAAACUCGAUGAGAACGAAUGGACGCUACAAGAUGCGUUGGCUCUCGUUUCCGUAGCCUCUUCAUUGUCUGCGGUUGGUUUCCAACUUCCUCGUUUCUUUUUUCUCGUUUUAAGCUACUUUCACCCUUAAAAUUGGAUUCUAUUUUCAAUUCUAUCGAAUAUUUAUCGGGCUUUUAAAAGCAGAAAGCUAAAAAUGAGGAUCAAAUUUAGGAAAGUCAAUGUAGAUGUCUAGCUUUUAAAUGAUUUUCAUUCGAUCUAAUUUGUUUUUAUACCUGUGAUGCUCAAUUCUUGCAACGCUCGUUCGACGCAAAACGGUUUGUAUUGAGUUUUCUGUUCUAGGCGAACGCGAUGGAAUAUGACGGGAAAGUAUUAACGGAUAGCAACACGGAUCUCCAAGAAUUGAUUCGCAAGGCAGUUCAAGGUGGAGGAAAACAGAAGACAAGGAGGGCGACGGCGAAAAAAUCUUACAAGGAGGAAAAUAUCUCCGGAGACGAAGAAAAUCAGAAGCCACGAAAAAAUCGAUCUCGUAAAGUCGUUUGAUUCUUUUUUCAAGGGCAUUGUUAUGUGGAUUCUUCACUUUUUCUCGUUCUCAUCAACUCUGAACUCAUAUCUAUCGGCAUUUCAACCGCUCUUCUUUAAAUAUUUAUUAUAAAAUUUCCGCCAAUGAGAAGUUUUCUCUAGCGUUUUAUUCUGUUUUUCUUUUCUAUUCUCUUACUAGCGUUCAAAGCUGCUAGCACUAAUUCCAUUCCUGUUCAUGCACUGUUUUUUGUGAUCUCAUCGUGUACGAACUGACUUUCUUCCUGUUUUCACUUUUCCGCGAUAAAGGCAUUUUUUUAUUUUCUGGUGAAUAGAAUAUAUUUUGGUUGUCGAAACCUACAAUUUAUUUUCCCAAGUUUCAUUUGCAAAUCGCAUUGUUUUUUUGUUUUGCAGAAUCUUCCCCAGCGCCGACUAUGUCUUUAAAACUAAAAGAGUGAGUUUUUGAUUUGCUUUACCGGUUGACGGUAUGAAAAGAUGAAUGGUGGAUCAUAACUUAAAAGGAAUUUUGAGGUUGUUGCCGGCUCCAGUCGGGGGAGAUGAAGCUGCAGCGCAAAUCCGACGAGAUCCGUGGUUCCGCGGCCGCGAGGAAGCCGUGCCAUCCAUGGCGUUGGUUUCAAGGGAACCUCCGCCCUACGGAAAACGCCAGAGUUUCAAGCCACGAGCUCCAGAGGUUCCAAGGGUCGUUUUCUCUAAGUUGACAGACUUUUCGUAGGAUUUCGGAGAUGGCGGAGCCUUCCCGGAGAUCCACAUGGCGCAGUUCCCUCUGGGAAUGGGGCUGGGCGACAAACCAGGCGGAAAAGGACAGAACCAGAUUGCCUUGCAAUACGGAGCCGAUGGGAAGCUGCAGCACGACGCCAUCGCCAGAAUCGGUCAUGGUAAAGACAAGGUAUCGCAGAGGUUCAAAACGACUUGCAAAUUAUUAACUUUUGGUCCAAUUACAUGUAAUCAUACAUAUUCAACUUCAGCUUCUCGUGUAAUAAUUCAAGUUCUCCAGUGAAAACUAUCUUAUUAGGAAAACCGUAAGGGAGGAUAUGUACUCGAGAAUUCAUUAUCAAGUUUUUUUUUUACAUGACUCUUUCUAAUUAGAACGAACAUCAAGUUUUUUUCUUCUUUCAAAAUUUAUAUAACUUUUUUGUAGGUGGUCUACUCGAAAUUGGCGGAUAUGAAGUCGAAGACGUGGAACGAAGACGACGAAGACAUCCAGAGGCCCGACGAAGAAGCCGUCAUCGACGAAACGGAAAAGACGCGAUUGGCGCUCGAGAAGAUCGUCAACUCGAAGGUGCCUUUUUCCGAGUCUUCCCGAAUUUUGAGUUCGGUUCCAGGUCGAAUCGGCGUUACCAGUUCGACACGCCGAUAAACAGGCCCCCGCUCAGUACAUCCGGUACACGCCGAGCCAACAGAGCGGCCUUGGCGCUGGAGGUUCGUCAAAUCCAUGUUUCCAAAGAUUUUUGACGUCCCAGACCUUUUUUCAUUUAAUUUCUCAAUUUGCAGGUUCGCAGCAAAGAAUCAUCCGUAUGGUCGAAGAACAGAAGGAUCCCAUGGAACCGCCUAAAUUCAAGUGAGAAAAGAGCUUUUCGCAGCGUUUUCAACGGUUCUUUUAGAAUUAACCAGAAAAUCCCUCGUGCGCCGCCGUCGCCGCCAGCUCCAGUCAUGCACAGUCCGCCGAGAAAGGUUCAUUUUCAUGCGAAAAAAAAAAUGAAUUGACAUUUAAGGUGACAGCCAAAGACCAAAACGACUGGAAGAUUCCUCCCUGUAUUUCAAAUUGGAAAAAUCCAAAAGGUUAAAUUUUUUUGGUUUCUCAAUUUUUUUUUCCUAAAAAUAUAUAUCCACGCGUUAUUCUUAUCUCAAAUACGCGGUUUUUAUUCUUUUGGUAAUGACUCUUUGGUUUGUUGUCAAGUUUUCUGUACGAAGCUUUUUUUCAGGUUUCACGGUCGCUCUGGAUAAGAGAUUGGCAGCUGAUGGUCGAGGUCUCCAACAGGUUUCUUUUCUGCUCCUCACAGAAACCCCAGUAUCCCAGAAAUAUACUGAGCUCUCGAAAUUUGCAGACACACAUUAACGAAAACUUUGCGAAAUUGGCCGACGCCUUGUAUAUUGCGGACAGAAAGGCUCGCGAGGCUGUCGAAGCCCGGGCACAACUCGAAAGACGCGUCGCGCAGAACAAAAAAGCCGAACAGGAAGAGAAAAUGCGGCAGAUGGCCGCCAAAGCCAGACAGGUCCUUUUGCGAAAAAAAAUAUUCUUUAUUUAUUUUUAUAUAUGAAGUCGAGGCUCUUUUCUUAGAAAUUUUCAAGAAGCCUUUUCUUUGAAGCCGGUGUUCAAAAAUAACAAGAAGGCUCUCCGAAAAGUGUUGUAUGUCUUUGCAGAGUCUUUAAAGACAUCAAAUAUUUUAAAAUCAAAAUGAAACAUUUCCGACGGUUUUCUGAGAGAAAGUCGAUUUUUUUCUCGUUUUAUUCAUCCUUUCUCGGGAACCUAUGAGCACUUGUAAAGCGAAACGUAAUUCAGAUUUUUAAAUUUUUUUGUUGAAUGCUUUCCGAGGUUCCAUACUUUGAGCUAAUUCUGAAAAAGCGCCAAAACUUUUUUUUAGUAGCCACUGAAUUCUUAAAAAUCGGAAACCAUGAUUCGAUAGGCUGAUUUCAAAAACAAAAUAAGACCAGAAAUUUGGUCUUCCUGUCCCAAAGUUGGGAGAAAUUUUCGUUUAAGGAAAGAGCUGGCAAUCGGAAACGAGACGAAGAUGAAGACGAUCAGGUCAAAGCGCGAGAGGAGAUCAGGUUCACAAAAAUGUCUCGAGUGGAAGUUUUUUUCGGAUUCUUUCAGACGAGAUCGGCUCGACGACAUCCGCAAGGAACGCAACAUCGCUCGAUCGCGACCAGACAAACUGGAUCGUCUCCGAAGGUUCCAUAUUUAUCUUUCUUUUCUAGCAGCCUAGGUAUUGACAUAGAAGGGGAUUCAAAGUUUGUUUUUUUGUGACUUCUGUGAAGAAUUUCUCGCUUUUGUUCAACCGGAAUCCUUCAGAGAGAAGGAUCGCGAUAUCUCCGAAAAGAUUGUCCUUGGGCUGCCUGAUGCCAACAAGAGGACCGGAGAGCCUCAAUUUGAUCAACGACUCUUCGACCAGAGCAAAGUUCCUCUUUUCCGUGAUCUCGUCGUUAAUCUGAGCAUUGCAAGGGUCUGGACAGCGGUGCGAUGGAUGAAGAUACGUACAAUCCUUACGACAAGGCCUGGCGUGGCGGAGACAACGUCCAACAGCACAUCUACCGACCCAGUUCGUUUUCUCUUUUCGAUCUAAUCAUUCUUCCCUUUUUUCUGAGACUUUACUUAGCUUCUUACCUUCUACUGGUUAUAUAAUGUGAUCGGUUUAAAAAGCGAAACUAAAAACUAAUUUUUUUUGGGGACAAAACAUCCCAUUUUGAAAAAUUUUCCUUAAUAGGUGAAUAGAAAGGAAAAAAUUCGAAUCUUCAGGGCUAUUCGAAUUACAUAUGUCAUUCUCUCGAAAAAGUUACAUUAUUGAUUUAUAAUCUCUUCAUUCUUCCAAUGAUAUCAUGAUAAAUGAGUUCAUUCAACUUUUCCGUAACAGUCGAGUUCAGGCAAAAACAUCGACAAGGAUAUUUAUGGCGACGAUUUGGAUAAGAUAAUGAGCCAAAAAAGAUUCGUACCGGACAAAGGAUUCUCGGGGGCAGAAGGCAGCAGUCGUGGCGCCGGACCUGUUCAGGUUAUUUCUAUUUUUCGUUUUGUUUUUUUCGGAGUUUUCCCUUCAUGAUCAGUUAUUCUGCCCAAAAAUAAGCACCAACUCUAUCGAGAACUCGCAAAAACAUUUUUUCAAAAAUUCUGUAGCUUUUUUUAAGGCUAUUUCUUCGAAUUGUGUAAGCAAAUAAGUGGUUAAAAUGCACAUUUUCGGCUUUUUAAAAAUUAAUUCAAUGGCCUAGAAAUUUGAUGAAAUUUUAAAAAAGUCUGGAAAAAUGAGCUUAGGCAAUGUCCUUUAAAUAUUUCAAAUCAUAGCUCUCUAGUUGUUUUCGUCUCAAAAAAUCGUUAGAAUUCCCAGUGGACGACCUUUUUUGGAAUUCUCAAGUACACGAGCUCGUUGUUGUUGUCUCGAGCCGUGUAUUCUACUGUGCUGCGGCGAAAAAUGCGCAAAACUGAUCGGAGAGCAAUUUGAUUGUGUUUUUCUUGGGGCGUCGCCCUUACCGAACUAUUAAUUUGCGUCAUGCAGCGCCGUCGCCUUGUGAUUUGACUUCAUAAACCAUCGUUCCUAUUCGUAUCUUCUUUCGUGGACACCCGCAAUCGCACGAUUCUUGUCCUUUUUUAUCGCAAACAUUUUGGGAAUUCGCCUUUGAUCUGCGAGUCUUAUCGAUCACAGCAGCCGCCAAAUGAGCUGGAAUUUGAAGUAUUGCUUCCACACUGUUUAGUGAAGUUGGGAACAAGAGUUAGAUAAGAAUUUUUGAAAAAAUUUUUCUGAGAGUCUGCGAUUCUGAAGUCCUUAAGAAAAGAAAAACAUAUUAAAAUAGAUUUUCCUAUUUUCGUGCAAGGAAAUAGUUAGACAACAGUGAACUACAUGAAUAUUGAACUUAAGAUCAAAAAAUGGAAGGGCAGAUGUUUUAGCUUUUUUUUCAAACAAACAACUUGUUUUACUUUUUCUUGUUUCUUGCUGGCUCACUAACUUUGAAAUUUAUCAAAUCUUUUUUAAGUUUUGCUAAUUAAGAAACAUUUUUUCAAUGUCGUUCUCGACACGAUUGUAAGUUAAAAAAACGUGCGCUUCUAUUUGAUGAAUUUGAUAACGUAUCAUGCAUUCGCGUCGAGGACUUCGACCCGGAGAGUCAAUGACGAAAUUUGAAAAGUUUGUUUGUAGUUCGAGAAGGACCAGGACGUCUUCGGACUGUCGGAUCUGUUCCAACAGACAAAGGAGAAGAAACGAGGCGCAGACGGCGACGAAAGAGCUGGCGAUUCCAAGCGAUCCAAGCACCGAGACUGA